CAUCCUCGAAUCUGUCUGACUUCUGCGAAGAGGAGAACGAUGAUGAUCACUCUCACCCCGGCAGCUAGGUGGGGAUCGCAGCAGACGCUCAGCUGCAUCGCUCGGUCCAUCCCCCGCACAUUUGCAACCUCUGCUCGCCAGGCUUCCUCGGCCCCGCCCCACCCUGUAGCAUUCUCCUUUGACAUCGAUGGUGUGCUCAAGCAAGGCAAGACGAUAGUGCCAGGCGCCAUCAGGGCUCUGCGCUAUCUCGAUGGACACAACAAAUACAAGGUCAAGGUACCAUAUAUCCUCCUCACCAACAGCGGUGGGCUUUCAGAGGAGAUCCGCACAAAGAAUCUUUCCGUCGAACUUGGUACAAAGAUUGCGCCCCACCAAUUCAUACAAGCGCAUACUGUGCUGACAAGCCUGUCGGAGAAGCUAGGCAAGGAGCGUGUGCUAGUCGUGGGUGGUCCUAAUCAUGCCAUCACGGCUGUCAGGAAGUGUAUGCGUCGGUAUGGAUUCGAGGACUUCUUCUUGGUGCACGAUUUACAAGCGGCCGAUCCGACCUCAUGGCCGUAUAGUCCUCUGGAUCAGGACCAACUCAGAUCGAUCCGGAAAUACAACAGAACUUUCAGCCAGAAAUUCAAGGCCGUCAUCGUCUUCCACGAUUCGCGCGACUGGGGCAGAGAUAUACAGAUCAUGCUCGAUGUAUUGAGGGGAAAGGACAACGUCUGGGGUACCCUGGAGGAUCAGCAGGUCUUGGGCACAAAGCCGCAAAUUCCCGUCUACUUUUCCCAUGGCGAUCUGGUGUGGGGCAAUGAGUUCCCCGUUCCCCGUCUGGGCCAAGGCGCCUUCGCAGAUGCAUUCAAGGCCGUCUACAAGGCCGUCACAGGUCUAGACCUCCAGUACACGACCUUUGGUAAACCUUCGAAACUAACAUACGAGUACGCAGAUAAACUUCUCAAGGACCAAAUAGCUCAGCAGCUCAACGCUGUGCCGAGCGGAAGCAACACCCUGACGGAAGCAGAGGCUCCCAAUGCUCCUGCCAUUUCCCCGACGACUCCCGAUAAGCUCAAAGUGUACAUGGUGGGCGACAAUCCCGAGAGCGACAUCCGCGGAGGCAACGACUUUGGAUGGGAGACGUGCCUCGUGCAGACAGGAGUGUAUAAAUCCUCGCAAGGGCAGCCCAAGUACCCUGCUACGAUGAUCGUGCAAGAUGUAGAAGAAGCAGUCAGGACUGCUCUGGAGCGGGAAUGGGGACCAGGCGCGGUCGACACCGAUGUGAGCGAUGAACCAGAUCCAUCGCUGAAGCUCUCCACGUCUCCAUCGCUCAAGACGCGUGGAGAACAGCCGCCACGCUCGGCCCAAGGCGCCUUGGGAGUUGCAAGGGACGUCCGGCAUCGAUCUGGGCAAAAGCGGUCUGCUAGCGAGCGGCAACCAAGGGCGGUUGCCGUUGAAAGUUGAAUAGAAUAGUGCCUUUAGACUGUAUACACUAUGUGCGAUGACGCCUACAGUGGUCAGA